CUCUCUCUCUCUCUUCGUUCUUCUGAUUCCAUCAGCUGUGACGAUGAGAGCUGCUACAGAGAAGAAAGAUCCCAAGGACAGAGAACGAGUGGAGGCUGUUCUCGGCGUCUUGAAGAAGCAAGCUCCCCUCACAGUGAAACAAGAGAAGUUCUGCAGCUAUGCGUGUGUGGAACGCUUCCUGAGAGCUGAAGGGGACAGCGUGAAGAAGGUGGCCAAGCGUCUCCGAGCGGUUCUUUCUUGGAGGGAGAGCAUUGGAACCGAUCACUUGAUAGCAGAUGAGUUCUAUGCGGAGCUGGCUGAUGGGAUGGCGUAUGUGGCAGGUCAUGACGACGAGGCCAGGCCCGUCAUGGUCUUCCGCAUCAAGCAAGACUAUCUGAAACUUCGUUCCCAGAAGUCGUUCCUUCGGUUGUUGGUCUUCACUCUGGAAGUCGCUGUAUCAUCCAUGGCCAGAAAUGUAGACCAGUUUGUGCUUCUUUUCGAUGCCAGCUAUUUCAGAUCGCCGAAAUCUUUCCUCCAAUUGUUUAUGGGCACGCUGAAGAUUAUCUCGGACUACUACCCGGGGCGCCUGCACAAGGCUUUCGUGAUCGAUCCUCCCUCCCUCUUUUCUUGUCUGUGGAAGGUAUACGAUCUUGAUGCGGACAAAAUUAAGCUCUGUUUUUCACGCAUUGUGAUUCUGGUUGGACGUUCAGGGCGUUCGGCCGUUCGUCGAGCUGUCGGCGGUCACGGCGGUGGUGUCGUCGCUGGACUUCGAGGACUCGCUCGAGGACGGAUCCUUCACGUCGCUCCUGAGGACGGCCUCCUUCCGCUUCGAUCCGGCUGCGGCCAAAGUCGGCAGCUGCGCGUCGUCCCGGUUCUCCUUCACCGUUUCCCACCUCAACUCGCUCAAGCCAUGGUACCUGAGCACCACCACCACCACCAGGAGCGCCGUGGUGCCCACGGCCAGCCCCUCCCUCAUUGGCGCCUCCCCGCUCAACGCCCGGUCGUUCUCCUUUGCCUCCUCGGCCCCCCAGUCGACGCCUUGGGUCGGCAUUGCCGGCGCGGCCAUCAGCCGGAGCAUACCGUCCACUCCUUCCUCAGCUCCGCCAUGCAGGCCGCGUCAGCCGCAGCCGAGGACGCCGAUGCCGUCGUUCUUUCAGUCUCCGGCAACGCUGUUCUCGUUCAAGAAAGAGGGGCGCCUGAGCAGAGUGGAGAGGGAGCGAGAAUCGUUUCUGCCGUUCCUGAGAUUCUACCGGAGGCCAUACGACGAGGCGGUGUACCGAGCCAACAUGCGGCCGCCGCUCAGCGGCCUAAUCUCCAUCGUCUCCCACCACGACCAGCUCAAGCAAAGGCGCAACAAGAUUCAAUCUCCUCCUGCUCUCACCGCCUCAACGAAGUAGCAGCGGCCGCCGCCGCAUUAAUGUUCCCAGAUUCGAUGGAAAAGAAAUAUUUUGCACUGCAAAAGAAUACAAAUAAGUAUUGCAUGAGAACGACAUGGACGUUCACCGAGCAAACACGGCGUGCGUGGGAGGUCGUUCGAGGGACGAGGUUGGUGUGCUUCGUGCCUGUGGCGCAAGCAGAGGAAGGGAAAUGGCCAUGCCGUGGCCGCCACGGUGAUGCCGCACCACGUCACAGUGGUGUAUAAUGGUGUGGAAGACAACGCCAAGGGAUAGGAACAUGUGAUGCGGUCUACGGUCUGUGCCCGCUAGCCUUUAUCAUUUGAAGAAGUCAAAGGGGAAGUCUUACCGUGUCGAAGCUUGAGAAUGUAGAAGAAGUGUCAUCUUCUACCGUGAAGAAGCCUUCGAAAGGCAUUUCUA